AUGGGUACCCUCACUAGCAGCGCAGACAGUCUGCUAAGCAUUAGCUUAUCAACAGCUAUUACAGCUCUUAUCGGAACUUCAAUAGUCUAUCGAAUUCUUCUCACCGUCUAUCGACUUUACCUCGACCCGCUUUCCAGGUUUCCUGGACCGAGGCUUUACGCCAUCUCUUACCUCCCAUACCUCAUCCACGAGCGAAUUCAAGGCACUCUGGCGAAGGAUGUGCAGCAGAUGCACGAGAUUUAUGGGCCAAUUGUUCGAAUAUCUCCCAAUCGUCUCUCUGUCGAUGGCUCUAUAGGGUGGCCGGAUGUCUUCGCACCGCGCGGCAACGCUCCAGAAUUCGAAAAAACCAUCGAGUUUUACCAACUUGGUGGGCGGGUUGGACUCUUUCCUACCUACAAAGAGGACCACCGGCGCCAGCGCCGGCUUCUGUCACACGCCUUCUCCAGCACCGCGCUGCAAGAUCAAGAGGGAUAUGUCAAGUUCUACGUCGACCUGCUUAUUCGUAAGCUUCAGAGCAACAUGGAACAGGGCAAAGUCGUCGACAUGACUAAAUGGUAUAAUUACACAACAUUUGACAUCAUUGGCGAGCUCGCUUUUGCUGACCCCUUCAAUUCCCUGGCAAACAGUGACUAUCACCCUUGGGUUGCUUUGAUAUUCUCUAGCAUCAAGGCUGGUGGGGUGAAGAUGUUCCUUGAUCAUUAUUGGCUGCUCAAGCCCUUGAUUCUACUAGUGUAUGGAAAAGAGGACAUCAGGAAGUUCAUCGAGUCACGGGAACUCGCCAAGCAGAAAACAGAGAAGCGGCUGGCCCUGGGUGUCGACGAGAGUCGAAAGGAUUUCAUGACGUACAUUCUCCGUCACAAUUCUGAUGGCAAGGGCAUGACUCAUGACGAGAUCCUUGUUAACUCCCUAGCUCUCAUUGUUGCUGGCAGUGAAACAACAGCUACUGCCUUGUCAGGUCUGACCUACCACCUGACAAUGAACCCCGAAGUUUACCAGAGACUUGCGAGCGAAGUUCGGUCGGCGUUCUCCUCCGAAGAGGAAAUAAAUAUGAACUCUACAGGUCAACUACACUAUCUCCAGGCAUGUCUUGAGGAGGUCCUUCGUAUAUAUCCACCCGCCGCCGAGACACCGCCACGGGUAUCACCAGGCGAGACUGUUGGUGGACAGUUUGUGCCGAAGGGUACUUACAUCACCAUCUACCAAUGGCCUACACACCACUCGCCCCUUAAUUUCACAGAUCCUGAAAGGUUCGCGCCUGAACGUUGGCUUCCUGUUAGGCAUCCGCUAUAUAACCAGAAGUACUCGGCAGAUAAUAAGAGUGCAUGCAAGCCAUUCUCUUACGGACCGCGAGACUGCCUCGGCAAGAACCUUGCUUACUCGGAGAUGCGGCUGGUCAUUACCCGGAUGCUUUGGAACUUUGAUUUAGAGCUCAUGCCCGGACAAAACGACUGGGUGUCACGCCAAAGAGUUUUCAUUGUUUACAACAAGGGUCCGUUGAUGAUUCGACUCAGCCCUGCUGGUAAGAUUUGA